AUGGCAGAUGACUUUCGCGCCGAGGUCACAGUUUUCGCGCAGGAGUACGCUUCGCUGUUUUCCUCUCCCCUCUGUUCGUCAGCUGAAGGCGUGGCGGGGAUUGCAGGGCAAGUAGGCAAACGCUACGUCCCUGGCGUCACGUUCUUCACGAACGACAAGAGCCAAGAUGAGGCUGCACGACUGAUAGAACGAGAGAUGCGCAAGAACAUCGAUUCCGGUGUCGGGACGCAUCUGGAACUGCUCGCUAUCGAAAAGAUUGACAUCUACAGCUCUUCCUUAGCUCUUGCCUGGCUUCAAUGGGCAUUCCACCCCAAGGCAGGUUCAAAGUGGGCUGGACGUGACUGGACGUUCACCAACAUCUACGCAUACCGCACCGCGAGUGCAGAGGUGGCCGCAGGCUGGGAAUUCGUUGUGCGAGAUCACGAAGUGAACUCGAUGAUCGCUGCCACUGGAAUGGAUUUCAGCAAGUAG